GAGUUUAUCAAGCAGCAGGAAACUCCUGCUGAAGAAACAUUCACAGAGUGGAAGAAAUCAACGUUAAGAUGGAGGAAGAGAUGGACGAUCAGCGCAGACUGAUGGAUUUUACCCGGAUACCCAAGAUCAUCUUGCACCGGAUAGAUCUCUCACAAUGCAGUGAAGAGGAGGAGAUUCUCAAUGAAACAGAAGCACAGAGGAACCAACUCAUCUCUCAUGGCUCUGCAGAAACUGAGAACCAGGAUCAGGAAGGAAGCAAUUCUGAAGACCCAGGAAAAAGGAGAAAGGAAGAACAGAAACAAAACGAGAGAUAUGAGAAAACCAAACAGCAGAAAGACAGAACUGACAAUGAAAAUGCUCAUCGAGGGCAAAAAUUAUAUUCUUGUAAAAUUUGUGAUAAAACCUUUUCUCUAAACGGUAACUUGAAGAGACACAUGAGAACUCACACAGGAGUAAAACCUUUCACUUGUUCAGCCUGUGAGAAAAGUUACAGACAAAAACAUGGUUUAAUCUGUCAUAUGAGAAUUCACACAGGUGAGAGGCCUUUCACUUGUGGGACCUGUGGAAAAAGUUUCUCAGGAAAACGUAUUUUAAAUGUUCACAUGGGAAUUCACACAGGUGAGAAGCCUUUCACUUGUGGGAGCUGUGGAAAGAUUUUCUCUGAAAAACGUAGUUUAAAUGUUCACAUGAGAAUUCACACAGGUGAGAAGCCUUUCUCUUGUGGGUCUUGUGGAAAGAGUUUCACCCAUAAAGCCGGGUUAAGUUAUCACAUGAGAAUUCACACGGGCGAGAAGCCUUUCUCUUGUGGGACCUGUGGAAAGAGUUUCUCUCAAAAACGGAACUUAAAUGUUCACAUGAGAAUUCACACAGGCGAGAAGCCUUUCACUUGUGGGACCUGUGGAAAGAGUUUCUCAGAAAAACGUAUUUUAAAUGUUCACAUGGGAAUUCACACAGGUGAGAAGCCUUUCACUUGUGGGAGCUGUGGAAAGAUUUUCUCUGAAAAACGUAGUUUAAAUGUUCACAUGAGAAUUCACACAGGCGAGAAGCCUUUCUCUUGUGGGACCUGUGGAAAGAGUUUCUCUCAAAAAGGUCAGUUAAAUGUUCACAUGAGAAUUCACACAGGCGAGAAGCCUUUCUGUUGUGGGACCUGUGGAAAGAGUUUCUCUGAAAAACGUAGUUUAAAUGUUCACAUGAGAAUUCACACAGGCGAGAAGCCUUUUUCUUGUGGGAGCUGUGGAAAGAGUUUCCAUGAAAGACAGACUUUAACUAAGCACAUGCAAAGACACACUGGUGAGAAGCCGUUCUGUUGUGGGACCUGUGGAAAGAGUUUCUCUGAAAAACGUAGUUUAAAAGUUCACAUGAGAAAUCACACAGGCGAGAAGCCUUUCUCUUGUGGGAGCUGUGGAAAGAGUUUCUCUGAAAAACGUUUUUUAAAUGUUCACAUGAGAUUUCAUACGGUGAGAAGCCUUUCUCUUGUGGGACCUGUGGAAAGAGUUUCUCUCAAAAACUUAGUUUAAAUGUUCACAUGAGAAUUCACACUGGUGAGAAGCCUUUCUCUUGUGGGACAUGUGGAAAGAGUUUCUCUCAAAAAGGUAAUUUAAAAGUUCACAUGAGGU